AAGUAAGCAAGUACAUUUACUCAUGUAUUGUACUUAAUUACAACGUUGAGGCACUUGCACUUUAAUUAUUUGCUACUUUGUGCUUCUACGGUAGAAGUUCUACCCCACGACAAUUCAGAGGAACAGUAGCGACACUCUGCAUAUACACGAUGUUUAUGAAAUCUUCUGGAGCUGAGAGUGGAUCUUACUCACUGACCUUCCUGGGAAAGAAAGUAGGGAGACAUCACGCUGUUUCCCCCGCAGGCAAACAACGUGCCUGGGAGACAACUAACAGGUCUACCUGCCAGGAGGACUUCAUGUUGUCUUCACGGCCUGGACGGGCUCAUGUCUCAGCGUCUCACGUACCGGAGGAUUUACCUGGCAGCAUACCAGAGCUGAAGGAUGAGAAGCCAUUUCCAAUAAUUCAUAACACACAGUUCAACCCGUACGAGGACAGCCCAGCAGCUGUCAGACAUCACAAAACCCUGUGGAUGAAGAGGUGGGCUGCAUUCAGUCGCUGGAUCGGUGCUGACCACAGAAAACAGGCGGGACAAGAUGUCAACCCAGGAUCAUCAGAAUCUCAGCUCUCAGACAGCAGUGAAGCGGAUAGGUCACAAGAUGUAAAGAUCUACAUCCCCUACGAGUCAGCUGAGCUCUGCAUCACUCAGAUAGCUGAGGACAUGGGAGCAAUGAAGAGAAAACACCUGGAAAUGGUGCAAGAGUUAGAGGAGAGCUUUCAGGUCACAGCACGCAAGAACCAGGAGUGGACCGUGCAGAGGCUGAGAUCUCAGCACCAGAACAAGUUGAACACUUUGAGGAGAAUUCUUGACGUUUACCAAGAGAAAGUGGAAAAAAAGAACACUGACUGGGAGAGGAGAGUCGAGGUCAGUGAAGGUCAGGAGUCAGUCUGUCUCUCCUUCAGUAGCUCUUAUACCUGA